UCAAGGCUAUUAUGAUGAUUCCAUUUUUUUCAACAACGUGAUAAGGCCUGUAAAAAAAUAAAGAAAUACAUACAUAUGUAACUUUUUACAUAAUUGUUAGUGUCUUAAUGUGCUGUGUCCGUGUUAUAUCAGUGCCAAUAGCUAAUAACGAACUUCUAAAAAGCCAUGGGUUAUUAUUGUACGGUACCACAAUGUACAUCUUUAGCCGGCAAGACGAAAAACGUGAAAUUUCAUAAGUUUCCUAAAGAUAAGACGAUGGAGAAAAGAUGGAAUGAAAUACUGAAGCGCGGGAAACCUGUCACGAUAUAUUCAAAAGUUUGCAGUCUACAUUUUACGCAGGCGGACUACAAUAUUACGACAAUGGGACAGUGGAAGACGCUUAACAAGGACGCUGUGCCUUCGCAGAACUUGCCGAAAUUGAACCCUGAUGGCUCCGUCAUGGUUAUAAGGAAGAGUCGUACAGUUAAAUACAAGGAAACCAAGAAACACGAGAUGAACGGCGAAAAAUCUGAGAGAAUAUGGGGGAUCACACCACAGAAUCACGGCCAGACGAAUAUGAAUCCAGAUUUGCCGCUGCCGUGCACGGAACAAGAUAUUAAUCUUUCGUGCAAAAUGCAGUACGUAACGUCCCUAGCGAGCGAACCCUCGCCCCCCCAGCUGCGGACGCAGCCGCCCCCCGCGCGCCCCAAGAAGCAGGACGCGAUCAUGCAGACCGACCCCGUGCCGUCGGACGAGGAGCCCAGGGACAGCUACGCGGACUGCCUGCCGUACAAAGACGACUACAUACCGCAGACGAACGAAGAGUACAACACAGAGGCGGAGAAGUACGCGCUGGAGAGGAAGAGUCACUAUGAGAAGACAGAGUUCCUCGAGAAGUAUCGGAGCGACCUGUACUACCCGGACUCGGUCGAGAUGCUCAAGAAUCAGCAGCAGAACCUUCAACUACUGCAGGACGAGCGCAGGAUGAACGGGAACCAGGGUUUCUUCAACGAGGCCGAGAUCAAACAGGAAAUAGACAUACCGGUCGACGAUGAAAAGUAUUUGUACGAGCGGAAAGACAUGGAAGCGGAAGCGGUCUACAGCGACAGCCAGAGACAAAUAAUAAUCGAACACAUACAGAACCAAGUGAAACAGGAGCCGGACUUGAGCAACGGCUGUGAAAACGUGUGUCUUCAGCCUCAGAGCAGUCCAUACUAUCAAAACGGUCAUAACGAUGUCAACAUCGUGUACUACGAUCAGGUGUCACGUCCCGGACCCGAGCUCCUGAUAGCGAAACAGAACGCCCUGGCGGCGCACACGCAACUCUGGCAGAAUACGGUGAAAAGACCUUUUUUUUACAGUGAAAAUUCGCAUUACACCGGAUCCCAGCUGCUACAUAGAUACGAGGAUCUCACGAGGAUUUUACAGUGAUGAAAGACAUUCCAAAGUUUAUUAUUAAAUAAAUAAAAAAUUUGAAAAAAAAAUUAAAAGAAAAAGAAAUGUGUUUAAAAGAAGUUCUCUAUGAUGACGAAAAAUCUCUUUUUAUGGUUAUAUUUUGUAAAGAAAGUGAAAAGAAAAAAUAUGGAUAUAUGAAAUAAGAAGUACAAAUGCGCCCUCGGAAAAUAAUAUAUCAUUAUAUUUUAUAUUAUUUGGAAGAAAAGAAAAAAGGUUUUCCUUUUUUGUUAUAUUUUUAUUUAUUUACUUUGUUACUUUUAUUUAUCUUCUCAGGGAUUGGGCUGCGAGUCAAUUGUUGUUUAUAGAAAACAUUUAUGUAUAUAAAAAAAUGGUAAACGAAGUGUUCGGUUCGUAUUUCGGCGAUUCGAUUUGGUUCAGCUACGUACUUGACAAACGUAUAGGAUAAGUGUGCAAUGUAAUUUUUUAAAUGGAAGAACUCAAAUCAAAUCCGAAAUUCUUUUUACGAUGAAACUUGUAAAAUUUUGACCGAAAUCUUAAAAAGCAUUUUAUAAAAUCAAUUUUAAAAAUCGUAAAAAUAAUUUAACGGCUUUAAUGACGAAACAAUAGUCAUUCGUGACCGCGGAGUGAAGUGCUCGAAAUAUUUUACAUCUACCCCCGAGCAGCGCUUAAUAGUAUACAGAAUAUACACAAAUCACCACAGUACAUAUAUAUGUGUGUCGAGGGGUGAAAGGCUAUUAAAUUUGUCUUAAGCGACAUUUCGCUUAACACGCGACAUUUAUCUU